UACCGUACCCUACACGUCUUUAACUCGUUUAUUCCUUAAUCUUCGCCAUUGAUAUCACACUCUUGGGAACGAUGACGAAACGACGUCGCUUUGAGCCUUUGUCAAGCUACGACGUAAACGCUGAAGACCGAUCCAACCAGACCGUUGUCGCCGAUCUUGACGGAACCCUAACAUCCUCCUCGAGACCACUCCUUUACUUCUUCCUCGUGGCACUCAAAGCAGGAAGCUUGCUUCGCGCGCUGACCUUACUCGCGUCCGUACCACUCGUGCACCUCACGUAUGUCUUCGUCUCCGAAAGUCUCGCCGUCAGAGUAGCCGUCUUCAUCACAUUCGCCGGCCUCAAGCUCGGCGACGUUGAACACGUCGCCCGCCACGUCCUAGCAAAAGUCUACGAGAAAGAACUGAACCGGGACACGUGGCGUGUUUUCAAGGCGUUCGGGAAACGGUACAUUGUGACGGCGAGUCCUCGGGUCAUGGUCGAGCCGUUCGCUAAGGAGUUUCUUGGCGCUGAUAAAGUUAUUGGUACGGAGCUUGAGUUCACUAGGUUUGGUUGGUUGCUCGGUUUCGCUAGAAAACCGGGUAUCAUGUUGGGCCAGCAGAAACGCGACGCCAUUUUGAAAGAGUUCGGUGGUGGUGGUGGUGGUGGUGGAGUGGGGUUACCUGAUUUGGGGCUGGGAGAUAGCAAGUCAGAUUACGCUUUCAUGUCUCUCUGCAAGGAGGCUUACAUGGUGUAACGGAUCACAUGUCACACAUAGUUUCUACGUUCCUUCACUUGCUAUGCGACAAAAAAAAUGUUAAUUUCUAAGUAAUUACGUGUGGCAGAAGCUAAUUCUAAUAAAAUUAUCCGACUAUUGUUCUUUUCUUUCCAAUAUUUUACUACAAAGAUUUAGAAGCCAAUAUUAAUUCUCACUUUAAGAUCACAUUGUUUCGGAUUGUGCAAACAGUAAAAGUAUAUAUUGUUCAUAUUUGAGACACCUCAUCUACCAAUGGUUAUGGAUGUUAAGUUAGCUUUGCAAGAGACCAACAAGAUUCUUGAGAAACGAGCGGAGGAGCUGAAGCUUGAUUUUUAGACCUGGAGGAAUGAGUUGAACGAGUAUAAGCAACACUCCCCGCUGAGCUUCGAAACAAGUCUUCAGGGCCGGCCAUAAAAUUUUAAAAGAUGUAAACGAGCUUCAAUAAUUUGGAGGCUUAAAAUUGUUUUUACGCGGAUUUAUGUUUAUAUAAAACUUUUCAAACAUUUCAGAGA